AUGAACAGCAUUGCUCAACAAGGCGUCGAGAAGGUGCCCCUCGACGAGGUUGAACUGAUGAAGAAGAGGUGCCACCACGGCUGCGAGCGAAGCUGCGACCAUGGGCCGAUUCAGAAUGAGCACGUCGUUGGCCAAGACGCGUCCAAGCCGAAUGCUGAUGACAUGCACUUUUCCGGAGAUCUGACCCGCGAAGGCCAAUCCCAGCACUACAAGGGUCAUUCCGACAAAAACAAAUACCUUGAUCAGUACGGUUAUGCCGGAAAAUACGUUUCGAUAGCCGACGAAAUUGACGCUCCGAUGUCGAUGACCUCAAAAAUCGGCACAUUACGAAAUUUUCAAAAAUGGGCUGGCCUUCGAGCGACCGGAAUUUUGGAUAAGGCUACAAAAGAUAAAAUGAUGGAGCCAAGGUGUGGGGUGGCGGAUGUUCAGCAAAUACGCCCCGCCCCCAAGUGGCCCAGCAACCGGAUCACCUAUUCGAUCCUGGCUUAUUCGAAGCGUUUUCCUCAAGACGUUACGCAACGCCUAAUUGCUGAAGCUUUUCAAUAUUGGGCAGCAGUUGCCCCGCUUGAAUUUGUCGAAGUUCAAAGUGACCCGAACAUCAAGAUAAAAUUUGCCCGAGGAGCGCAUCAAGACAACAACGCGUUUGAUGGUCCGGGCAACGUUUUGGGCCAUGCUUUUGGGCCGGAAUUCGGCGGGCUUCAUUUUGACGACGACGAGGAGUGGGCAGAUUUUUCCGUUAUGAUCCGAGAUUCUGACGUCGACUUCCUUUCCGUGGCUAUCCACGAAAUCGGGCACGUCCUCGGAAUUGGUCAUAUUCGCGACUCAUCCGCAAUUAUGCACCCAUGGUACGACGAACCAACCGACGAUCGAAAAAAUUAUGUGGUCCCGAAGUUGAAUCAUGACGACAUCCAAGCGAUCACUGAUCUCUACGGGUCCAAAACCGCAUACAGAACGGACUCGGCUCUUCCUGGGAUUUCCGGAGAUGGAGUGCCCCCCGAUACUAGUGACGAAGAAGAGCUACCCUGGAAUUUGAUAGCAAUCGCUGUCCAUGCAAAUGGCCAAGACACACUACUUUUCGAUGGCCAAAACGUGCACCGGGUCUUGGGCCGUCAGAUUGGACAUUCAAAAGACCUGUCCGGCAACAAAUUCGCGACUAGCCCAAGGCUAAAGGCUGCCGUCUACGACAUGUGGUUGGAUAUGGUGUUGCUAUUUGCAGAGGAAGGGAAGCACAUCAUCGUCUAUGGGGCCGACUAUGGUCAAUUCAUAGGCCGUCGCCCGAUGACGGUGAAAUUCAGACGGAAUCUACCACAACGGCCGCCUUUCGCGAUCCAGGGCGCGCUGUCGUCAGUUGCUGGGCAGAUUUGGUUGAUCGGGCACGACGGUCACUACGCAGAGCUCGAUCCAGAAACUUUUGCAAUCGUGGAAACUGGUCAUUUUGGACAUUUGCCAACUCGGGUUAAGGGUGGCCACAAGGAUUCUGACGGCGGCUGGCGCCUGUAUACGGAGCACGAGACGCUGCACCUCGAUUCGGAUGGCGGUCGUAUUCGGGAUAAUAGCCCGAUUUUGGACCCGAGAACGCGGUCACGUCCGCUGGUUCAAUUUGGCGACGAUGAGAGGCCAAGGAUGAAGCUGCGGCGAAAUUCUGAUGCCAUGGCUAUCAGCUCCCUGGCAACCGAAAGAAUGAUCGCCUUACUGCUAGCUGAAACGUAUUCAACAAAACCCUAUCGAUACGUUUCCAUUAUAAUCAUGGGUGCCACAACUUUCUGGUCUAUAAUCAAUGCGCUAAAUGCAAACUUAGGCGUUGCCAAUAUGGAAAUCUUCGUAGCCCUUUGUCUAUUUCACUCGAUCUUCUCGGGUCUGUCAGCAAUAUUGUUUAUCAAAUGGAACGACCGGAAACGGCGGCAACUCUGGAAUGACUGGAGGAAAAUCGGGUACUCCCUAGCUAAAAGAUACCAAAUUACCGAGAAUGUCAAGGCGGCUAAGAUUCUUUUAACCAUAAUCAUAUUCGCCCUGGCCAACCAGCUAUUUAUCGGGGCGCUAUUUAGUGCGCAUUUUGGGAUGAGGCUGGCGUGGCCGGCCAAGAAUAUUAUUGGGGCGUUUAUUGACCUUGUUUUGGCUAGAUGCCGUGGCAGGUGGGGGAAGCAUGAAGUGAGCCCAUGGCAACAGGCGUCAGAGUCCGUCCGCGAUACGCAAGGAGGGAACAUGUAUCUGGGAGCCACACAGAAUGACUACUUCAUACAACUAAAUGUCAUCUGGCAAAGUGAGCCCGGCGAGACGGCGGAGCCA